UAUAUAAAAUGUGCAUCCAGCCCCCAGACACACACACCAACAACUGUGACUCCAGAGCUCGGCAGAGUACCUGAACUUCUGAGCAUCAUGAUCGUGAUAGUGGACCUGCUGCUGAUGUUCAUUGACCUCGCCUACUCCAUCCUGAGCGCCGUCAUCCAGACCAUCCUCCGGCCGAGGCUCAAGUGCAUUGAUGGGGAGCUCUGUCUGAUCACGGGGGCCGGGGGCGCCCUGGGGCGCCUCUUCGCCCUGGAGUUCGCCAAAGAGGGAGCGCACCUGGUGCUGUGGGACUGUAACGCAGCGGCCAACGAGCAGACCGCCAAGCAGGCGCGGGAGCUGGGGGUCCAGGUGCACACGUACACGGUGGACCUGUCCAAGCGCCAGAGCAUCUAUGAGGCGGCGGACAGGGUGAGGGCGGAGGUCGGAUGCGUCUCCAUCCUGGUGAACAACGCGGGAGUGGUGGCGGGACGGAGGCUGCUGGACUGCCCGGAUGAACUUCUGGAGAGGACCCUGCUGGUCAACUGCCACGCACUGUUUUGGAUGACAAAGGCCUUCCUGCCGCAGAUGAAAGCAAAGAACCACGGUCACAUCGUAACCAUUGCCAGUGCUCUCGGACUAUUCAGCACUGCGUGUGUGGAGGAUUACUGCGCCAGUAAAUUUGGAGCGGUUGGCUUCCACGAGUCGCUGGCACACGAGCUGCUAGCAGAGGACCUGGAUGGAAUCAAAACCACUUUAGUUUGCCCUUACAUUGUAGACACAGGCAUGUUUGCAGGCUGUGAAAUCAGGAGAGAGCUUCGGAGUCUGAUUCCACCUCUGGAGCCCCUCUACACCGUGCAACAGUCCAUGAAAGCCAUUCUAGCAGAGCAGCAAAUGAUCUGCAUCCCUCGCCUCAUGUACAUUCCCUUCCUCGCAAGAGCGUUGCUACCUUGGGAUGCAAAUGUUGCAACAUAUCGCUUCAUGGGAGGUGACAAGUGCAUGCUACCUUUCAUCAAGAAUGUUGAAACGAAGACCACCAACGGCCAUAUCAAAUCUUCAUAGGACGUUUUUGACAAUCUUGUUAAAAAAAAAAAUGGACCAACAAAGACACCAAAGGCUCACAGAAUAUGUUGUAAAAUGGAUGAAUAUUGGAAUCUGAAGGGAGAGUUUCUGCACUUAGUCCCUUGACUUCCAUUCAAUAUUGUAUAGAGUUCUGCUACAUAAAUGUGUAAUUUCAAGUGAAAAGUAACUGUAACAUACCAUGAAGGGAUUUCUCAAUGAAAUCAAAUCCUUGAAAAGCCAAAAAUGACAUUAAAUAAAGGCAAUUCAACCUACCGCGGAUGGAGCAACUAAAGAGACAGCUGUGAUAGCAGAUCUAUACAAGUGCCUCUUUUUAUUCACAUGAACAAACAGUGGGGAAACAAAGACGAGACAUGAACAAAUCUAAGGGAAACAUGCAAAAGAAAAAUAUUAAGCAUAAUGUUUGAGCCACAGAGCACAGUCUGAAUAA